GGUCCAGGCACCCUGGGCGGCCCCAAGGCUCCACCUUCCCAGGAGCACCUGCGGCCGGCCGCGAAGAUGGCGGCGGCGGCGGCUGCAGCGGCCGGGCACUCCUAGAGCAGCAGCGAUGGAGCCUCCCCCAGCACCGGGGCCGGAGAGGCUCUUUGACUCGCACCGGCUCCCGGGUGACGGCUUCCUGCUCCUCGCGCUGCUGCUCUACGCGCCAAUCGGCUUCUGUCUCCUGGUCCUGCGCCUCUUUCUCGGCAUCCACGUCUUCCUGGUCAGCUGCGCGCUGCCAGACAGCGUCCUCCGCAGAUUCGUGGUGCGGACCAUGUGUGCGGUGCUGGGGCUGGUGGCCCGGCAGGAGGACCCCGGACUCCGGGAUCAUCGCGUUAGGGUCCUCGUUUCCAACCACGUGACACCUUUCGAUCACAACAUAGUUAACUUGCUCACCAGCUGUAGCACCCCUUUGCUCAAUAGUCCCCCCAGUUUUGUGUGCUGGUCUCGGGGGUUCAUGGAGAUGGAUGGUCAGGGGGAGUUGGUGGAGUCACUCAAGAGAUUCUGUACUUCCACGAGGGAUCCCCCCACCCCUCUGCUGCUAUUCCCUGAGGAGGAGGCCACCAAUGGCCGGGAAGGGCUCCUACAAUUCAGUUCCUGGCCAUUUUCUAUCCAGGAUGUGGUACAGCCUCUUGCCCUGCAAGUUCAGAGACCCCUGGUCUCUGUGACGGUGUCAGAUGCCUCUUGGGUCUCAGAACUGCUGUGGUCACUUUUCGUCCCUUUCACGGUGUAUCAAGUAAGGUGGCUCCGUCCUCUCCAUCGCCAGCUGGGGGAGGGGAAUGAGGAGUUUGCUCUCCGUGCGCAACAGCUGGUGGCAAAGGAAUUGGGCCAGACAGGGACACGGCUCACUCCAGCAGACAAAGCAGAGCACAUGAAGCGACAGAGACACCCCAGAUUACGCCCCCAGUCAGUUCAGCCUUCUUUCCCUCCCUCCCCUGGCCCUUCUCCUGAUGCGCAACUGGCAACUCUGGCUCAGAGAGUCAAGGAAGUUUUGCCCCAUGUACCACUGGGCGUCAUCCAGAGAGACCUGGCCAGCACUGGCUGUGUGGACUUGACCAUCACCAAUCUGCUUGAGGGGGCCGUGGCCUUCAUGCCUGAAGACAUCACUGAGGGUACCCAGUCCCUUCCCACAGCCUCUGCCCCCAAGUUCCCCAGCUCUGGCCCGGUGACCCCUCAGCCCACAGCCCUAACAUUUGCCAAGUCCUCCUGGGCCCGGCAGGAGAGCUUGCAGGAGCGCAAGCAGGCACUGUACGAAUACGCGAGAAGGAGAUUCACAGAGAGACGGGCCCAGGAGGCUGACUGAGCACAGAGCCACAGGAUGGCACCCAGAGCCGCAGGGCGGAUUCUGGGGGCAGCCCUCACGCAGCUCACAACAGGCUGGAUGGCCGGGUGGUGUCAAGGGAGGGGUGGGGCUCCCCCAAUGUCACAUUAAAUUCAGGGUUUUCACUCAA